ACAAGAUACAAAAUGGUUGCAAGGAAAAACAAAAACAAAAGCCCUGUUGUUGUGCCAAGUGGUAGAAUUACAAGGAGCCAAGAUGUUCUGUUAGAUGAAUCUGAAAAGGGAGGUCAGAAGAAGGAUGUUGAACCUGCUGAAGAAACCGCAAAAAUAGGUCAGAAGAGAAGAAUGUCUACAAGGACUUCUCCUAUUCAAAAGGAAGCUGAUGCACCAUCUCCAGCACCUACUCCAAUUAGAAAAAUGGCAGGAGCUCCUGCUGAAUAUCUUCCAGCACCUACUCCAACCACAAAAUAUCCAGGUGCUUCUGCUAAAAAAGUUGUACAAGACCAAGGCAAAAAGGGUAGACGUUCAAUCUUAAUGUAUAGAAUGAUCAUUUAUGAUGAAAAGCAGAUGUCAGUCCUGCCAAGAAAAAUGCUGGAAAGAGAAAAAAAAAUACAAGAAGUACCAUCAAAUGAACCAUCUCAAGAUCCUACUGAUGAAUAUUCUACUGACAGUGAUGAUGAUAGUGAAGAGUCAGUUUACAGAGCAGAAGCAGAGCCUGUCAGUGAGGAUGAUGAUGAGGUGGAGGAUGAGGAGGAAGAGGAGGAAGUAAAGCCAAAGAAGAAAUAG